UGGAGGAGGGACUGGGCCUGCGAGCUGGGAGCGCGGACCCGGGAGCAGCGCGCUGCGGUGGCGGCGGCGGAAGAUGGCUGCGGCUGAGGCUGCAGACACUCAGCUGAUGCUUGGAGUCGGGCUGAUCGAAAAGGACACAAAUGGAGAAGUUCUGUGGGUGUGGUGUUAUCCUUCCACGACAGCUACUUUAAGGAACCUCCUGCUGAGAAAGUGCUGCCUUACAGAUGAAAAUAAACUUCUCCACCCCUUUGUCUUUGGUCAGUACAGAAGAACGUGGUUUUAUAUCACAACAGUUGAAGUUCCAGAUUCUUCCGUUUUGAAAAAGGUGACUCAUUUUUCUAUUGUUCUGACCGCCAAAGAUUUUAAUCCAGAGAAAUAUGCCGCCUUCACUAGGAUAUUGUGUAGAAUGUACCUGAAACACGGGAGCCCUGUUAAGAUGAUGGAGAGUUACAUCGCGGUUCUCACGAAGGGCAUAUGCCACAGUGAAGAAAAUGGCUCUUUUCUCAGCAAGGACUUUGAUGCCCGAAAGGCAUACCUUGCAGGCUCCAUCAAAGACAUCGUAUCUCAGUUUGGAAUGGAAACCGUUAUCUUACACACAGCACUGAUGCUAAAGAAAAGAAUUGUUGUCUAUCACCCCAAAAUAGAAGCUGUCCAGGAGUUUACCAGGACUCUGCCUGCCCUGGUGUGGCAUCGACAGGACUGGACCAUACUUCACUCCUACGUGCACCUUGAUGCUGAUGAGCUGGAGGCCCUCCAGAUGUGCCCAGGUUACGUCGCUGGAUUCGUAGACUUGGAGGUGAGCAACAGAUCAGACCUGUAUGAUGUGUUUGUGAACCUGGCAGAUAGUGAGAUUACCAUUGCUCCACCUGCAAAAGAGGCCAUGACAAUGGGAAAACUGCAUAAAGAAAUUGGUCAGUUAAUUGUCCAGUCAGCAGAAGAUCCAGAGAAAUCAGACAGCCAAGUUAUACAGGAUAUUUCCCUAAAAACAAAAGAAAUCUUCACCAACCUGGCUCCGUUUUCAGAAGUUUCGGGUGAUGGAGAAAAGCGAGUGCUCAAUUAUGAGGCACUAAAGCAGAGACGACUUCCGCCAGCAACAGAAAACUUCCUCUACCAUCUAGCAGCAGCGGAACAAAUGCUGAAAAUCUGACCACGGGGCAGAAUGUGUCACUGAUGACAGAUCUAAAGCCCUGGCACCGUGACUAUCCAUCACCUAUGUAAAAUACUGGAAAUAGCAAAGAAAACGUUCUAUUUUUAAUGAUUUAUUUGAAAGCAUUGCAGUUUGACCUGAAAAAGCACUGAAACACAUAUGAAAACACUUCUGAAUUCCUCCUAUCUGAUUAAUUUCAUGCCUCCUCUCAAUGUUUACAAAGUGCUGUAACCACCAUAUGUAACAUUAUACAACUGCCCGAUGUCCUGGAGUAAGCGCGAAAUAGCUCUGUCGAGUUCUCAUGCAAAUGACAGCAACUCCGAAGGCCUUCGUUACUCUAAGUUCCAGUUUGUCUCACUGUGUAGCCACCAACGAAUGGUUUAUUUUCAGAAAGCUGCCUGAAAUUUUGCUUUGUAUUCUUCUAGGAAGAACUUUAAUUCCUUGUGAGGAACUCUACUUUCUGAGCCAAACUACUAAGUUUUCUGCAGAACCGUCUAGAAGAUCAUUCAGAAGACCCUGCAGUUGCACUUUCCUAUAAAAGAAAAUUCUUUUCUUAGCCUUUGAACAUGUUGCCUAUAUUAUAAGGGUUUUGCAUAGAUUUUAUACCUGGGUAGACAACUUUAAUAAUCCAUAUUUAUACUGUCGCAGAGGUAAGCAGUUGGCAAACUUCGGCCAUUAGUUCUCUUUAAUUAACCCUGUUGCUAGCAAUAUUCUUUUGAAAAAGAUGCCAGCCCUUAUGUGAUAGAAUAAAAUAAGAAGCCCAUUUUGAACGUAAAUGUCUGCAUUGAAGCAGCAACUUUAUAUAAUUGGUGAGGGAAUGUGAGAAUUCACUUCUUGUGAGGGCCAAAACCAGAGAAUGUUUUCAAACAACUUUAGUAAAAAUAAUUUGGCCACAUAUAAAGGCAAUUGUUUUUGUUCAGUUAGGUACCUUUUUCAUAAUUAGAGACCUAAAAAUUGCAAAAUAAGCAUGGGGGUCUAAAUUGUUUUUGUUAUUAUAUACAUUCAUAUUAAUUAUGAAAGGGGAUUUUUCACUCUUUUUUACUCAGUACUGCUGUCCUUAGAAAUCUUACCCAGAAAAAAUGUCUGUAAAAAUACUUGCCUUUCUUGGAUCUUUCAUUUAUUCUUGGUGUCAGACAUUUGUUAAGGAAAAAAUUUUUAACAUACUCCCCUUGGGUGGGUGCAGGGGAGGAUUUGAAAUGAGAUGAUGUUUACUGAGACAAACAAUUGAAAAUUAAAUCUGCACUUUAUGAAAAUUAA